GUCAUCACUCCGCACUCGCAGCAAGUUGGCUGGCCAUCUUUUUCUGCUGCUGGUUUUCCGUCGUGGGAAAUCGAAAAAAUCCGGAUUCUUUCCGGCGAAAUCCAGUGCUUUGGUGCGUUGCGUGGUAGGACACCACCGUGUCCGCCCGGAAGAAAGUGUUUGCUCGCGGGUGCCGGUGCUUAAAGUGGGGGAAAAUUCAAUCGCAAAGUGAAGUGAAAAUUGUGUGUGUGUGCGCGUCGUCGGUCAUUUUGGGGCUAGAGAAGAAGCGAAAAAAAAAGUGCGUUUCGUUUUUGAGGUGAACUUGCAGCAGGAAGAAGGAAGAGAAAGGUUAUCCGUUCCGCCGUGUGCGCAGUGAGGAGGUCAAUCUUGCUGGCCGAGAUGAGUUACUCCAAGAGUCAUCAAUAUUAUGAGCCGAGGUCGCGUUCCCGCAGCCGGGAUGACCGCACCAGAUACCGCCGGGAGUACCGGGAGGAGGGCGACAGAUACGCUACGUCCUACGGCGGUGGUGCAGGUGGAUCGUCGCACUACGCGGCCAGCGCUUCCUCAAGCGGGUACGGAAGUGGUCGCCCUACGCGGGCGCCUCGCCCGUACGGGGUGGGCGGUGCCGGUGGCAAUCCGGACUCGAAGCACCAGCCGCCGGGCGGAUCCCGCGUGGUGGCCGUGUUCAACCUCAGCAUCUACACGACCGAGGCGGAACUGUACGACAUCUUUGUCAAGUUUGGCCCGCUGAAGAAGGCCACCGUCGUGCUGGACGCGAAGACCGGUCGCUCGCGCGGCUUCGGCUUCGUCUACUUCGAGAGCAUCGAGGACGCCCGGGUGGCGCACGUCCAGGCCAACGGCAUCGAAAUCGGCGACCGGCGCAUCCGCGUGGACUAUUCCGCCACGGACAAACCCCACGAUCCGACGCCGGGCGUUUACUACGGCAAGGUGGCCCAUCCGAAGCGGGAACACGGCGCUGCCAGCGGUGGUGGCCAUUACGAGCGGGGAGGCGGCCCACCGUUGGGACCUCCGGCGUCACGGUCGGCAGCCCCGGUGGGUGGCGGCGGAGGGGCGGCCGCAGCCACGGCCGGAGGUUACUACCACUGUCGGGCGUGCGAGAUCGAGGCCAUGGAGCGGGAACGGUGGGAACGGGAAGCUCGGCGGUACAGCAAUGGCGAUCAAUACCAUCAGCAGUACUACUACCAGGACAAAUAUGCCGCGCCGGCACCACCAGAGCCACGCGGCCGCGAGCGAACCUCGGUGAUGUCCCGAUCGCGCAGUGACUACUACCGGGGCGGUGCCGUUCGCUGACAGUGGCCGGUCGCCGUGGCCGGAUUUCCCGGUGGAUAUGCCGCGAUCAUGUAAAAGCGUUUUUUUUUAAAUGGUCACACACUCCCUCUCAAACACACUUAAAAACAAUGGCACGGCUUUCCUCCCGGGGACACAUCCGGCUUAUUUCCUCCCACACUCCCACGUAACUAUUAAACAAUCGACAAAACAAGAACCUGGACACAAACCGUUGAUGGCUAGUCCAACAACUGCGAAACAAUAUAUUUAUUAGGAUGUAAAACAAAAAGAAACGGUUAUGAGCACGAUGCGUGGCCGGAGACAAAAUUACAAACAAACUCACAAAUUGAACAGGACGCAUAUUUACUGACUCACACAAAACAAGACAAAAAAAAACAUGAAACGCAAUUGCAAGCAAGCAACAAUGAUUAUGGAAAGAAACAACCCAUUAAAACAUACAAACACACACACACACAAUUGUCGCUAGAUGAACAACAACAUUGAAAAUGACCUAUUUGAACUUAUUAUACCAUGAAUAAAAACUUAGAGGUAAUUCAUCACAA